GGGCGGGACCACACUGGGAGGGUGCGGGUGUGCGGCAUCGGCGGCGGACACAAGCAGCGCUACCGCAUGAUCGACUUCCAGCGGCUGCGCUUCCAGCCCGGCGCCCAGGGUCAGGGCUUCGAGGAGAAGGUGCUGGAGGUUCGCUACGACCCCUGCAGGUCGGCGGACAUCGCCCUGCUGGCCGGCGGGACCCGCAAGCGUUGGAUCAUUGCCACGGAGAACAUGCAGACCGGCCAGGUGCUGAAGACCUCGGGCCACAUCGGCAGAAUGGCCGUGUCGGCCCGGGAGGGGGAUGCCCACCCCCUGGGAGCGCUUCCCGUGGGAACGCUGGUCAACAGCCUGGAGGUGCAGCCGGGACGUGGAGCACAGUACAUCCGAGCGGCAGGCACAUGUGGGCUGUUACUAAGGAAGGUGAAUGGUACCGCCAUUGUCCAGCUGCCCUCCAAGCGCCAGGUUCAGGUGCUGGAGUCGUGCGUGGCCACGGUGGGCCGGGUCUCUAACGUUGGCCACAACAAGCGAGUGUUGGGGAAGGCGGGCUGCAACCGCUGGCUGGGCCGGCGGCCGAGCAGUGGCCGGUGGCAGCGGAAGGGGGGUUGGGCAGGGAGGAAGAUCCGGCCCAUCGCCUCCAUGAAGAGCUACGUACAGCGACCCUCACGAGCCCCCGCCGGCUGAGAGGACACAAAAUAAACAGCAUCACAAGGA